UUUGCCCUCUCUUUCAGUCGUCCACACUACUACUCCUAGUAGACAAUAAGCUCAUCGACCUCAUCAUCAUCAAGUGCUCUGCUGCCUAGCUAGCUCAAAAGAGAUAGAGCUACUCUAGUCUUGACUUAUUCCAUUUCCCGAUCCGGUUGUCGUUGUUGCCUCCGGCGAGCGAUAGUAAAUAUAGCUAGUAACCGGGAUACCUAUAUGGGCGGCGGGUCGCCGUGCGCGUCGUGCAAGCUGCUGCGGCGGCGGUGCACCAAGGACUGCAUCUUCGCGCCCUUCUUCCCCGCCGACGAUCCCCACAAGUUCGCCAUCGUACACAAGGUCUUCGGCGCCAGCAACGUCUCCAAGAUGCUCCAGUUGCUGACGACGACCACCAUGGGAUCCAUGUGUUUGAUCGAUCAGGAGCUCCCCGUGCAGCAGCGCGGCGACGCGGUGAGCAGCCUGGUGUACGAGGCCAACGCGCGGAUGCGGGACCCGGUGUACGGCUGCGUGGGCGCCAUCUCCUUCCUGCAGAACCAGGUGUCGCAGCUGCAGAUGCAGCUCGCCGUCGCGCAGGCCGAGAUCCUCUGCAUCCAGAUGCAACAGCGGCGCGACGGCGGCGGCGGCGGCCCCGACGACGUCGACGCGGUGGUCCCGCCGUCGUCGCUGGUCGCGGCGGGCGGAGGAGGCGCCGGGGACCACCACCACCACGUCAUGGCGGCGGCGAUGCAGCAGCACCAGGCGGCGAUGGUGGCCCCCGACGACGUGGACGCGUUCCUGAUGCAGAACGCCGGCGCCGGCGCCAUCAUCCCGCCGCAGCUGAUGGGCUACGGCGCCGCGCCGGCGGGCGCCAUGGGGGAGCCCCUCAAGAGGGAGUCCCUGUGGACGUAG